UACAAGCUUUCUCGUCCGAAUAGUUUUGUGUAAAGUGCGGAUUGUUUUGUACAAACGCGCAGAGCUAUGCUCAUAUAUUUUUAAGAUGUGCAUCUCAGAAAAUAAUAUUGUAAUUGAGUAGCCAAUUUAAUGACUAGUAGUAUAAGUAUUAGUACAAGUUUCCGGAAUUCUUCUGUGAGCAACCCUGUUUGGACGGCAAAGCGAGAAUUGAAAGAACUGGAGUCACGUCAGAAUUACACUAGUUCAAAAUGGCGUCGGAUGAUCAAGAGUUUGCUGUUAAACAAUUCAUUGAUCUCUGCAAUGGGUCGUCAUCGAGUGUUAGACGUAAUAUAUCGCUCACCACAGCGGUAAAGUUUCUGUAUGCUCGUAAAUUCGAUGUGCACAGAGCUGUAUCUCUUUACGAACAACAUGAGCAGAUCCGGAUUCGAGAAGGUCUUUACAACAUAAAUCCUGAUGUGGAGCCAUUGUAUUCAGAGCUACAGACUGGGAAGUUCACAAUAUUGCCUACACGUGAUACUACUGGUGCUGCUAUUGCCCUUUUCACCGCGAGCAAACACAGCCCCCUAAGUGUUACUCACACCAUAACGUUACAGGGAAUUGUAUAUCAACUUGACUCUGCGCUGCAGGAUACAGAAACGCAAAAGGCGGGUCUCAUCUUCAUAUACGAUAUGAGUGGGUCCAAAUACUCAAAUUUUGACUAUGACCUGUCACAAAAAAUAUUAACAUUGCUCAAGGGUGGCUAUCCGGCGCGGUUAAAAAAAGUACUAAUUGUUACGGCACCUUUAUGGUUCAAGGCGCCGUUCAAGAUUCUACGCUUGUUCGUGCGCGAGAAAUUGCGUGAACGUGUCUUCACUGUGUCUGUGCCAACGUUGGGACUUCACGUGCCGCUGAAAGCAUUGCCCCUGCACCUUGGCGGAGCGUUGGAAAUCGAUCACGCCACAUGGUUGCUACAGUGCCGCAAAUCGAUGACGAAUCGUGAAGACGAACUGCUCGCCAAUAUUGAGCAAGCGGCAUUUAAUCGAAGCAACAACAUCAACACAACUAAUAUUAGCAACAUUGUGAGCAAUUCGGUCGCUAUUGGUGGUGACAAUAGCAACAUCCACAUCAACAGUAACAGUAACAGCAACAGCAACACAAAUACGACGACAGCCACGUUAACGAGCGACGAUUACAGCCGUCGGUUAUUGGGUAGCGAGGAGCCCAACGAGAACAUCACAAUAAACGGUCUGUGUGGUGUUAUUGCUUCACCGGCAUCCGGCUUAAAACAGGGUAACUGUAAUUCAACGUCAUCGUUGCCAGCGUGUAACAAAAGUGGUUCAGAGUCAGUGGUGGUAGCGACGGCGGCGGCAACAGUUGGUGUUCCAGUGCUGAACGGCUUAGAUGCAAGUGGAGCCCAAGGAACCACGGCUUUGGUGAACGGUGUGAUUGUUUCGGCAGCAGUCUCCAGCAACGCCAGCUCGAACGGCUCAUCCGGCCUAAGUGAGUUGUGGUCGGAAAACCCGCCAAGUAGUGCUUCUUCGGGGUUUAGUGAUGACGACAGCCUGGCUGGGCAGGAGGGAGACCCAAAAACAAUUGAACAAAUUGUUCAAAUGGUAAAAGAGCAGGGCCGGAGAGGCCUGGUGAAGGAAUAUGCAGAAAUACGAAAUCGAGCGCCCGAAGGGACCUUCGUGCAUGCAAGAUUACGGAAUAACUUGACUAAAAAUCGCUAUACAGAUGUUCUUUGUUACGAUCACAGUAGAGUGGUGUUGUCCAGGGAUGACGGUGACGACUACAUAAACGCGAAUUUCGUCGAUGGAUACAAACAAAAAAAUGCCUAUAUUUCUACACAAGGUCCCUUACCAAAAACGUCCCAAGAUUUUUGGCGUAUGAUCUGGGAACAACAUUGUUUAGUUGUUGUGAUGACAACACGUGUUAUGGAGCGUGGACGCGUCAAAUGUGGCCAAUACUGGGAACCGACUGAGAAUAGUUCCUUAGAAUUUGGAAGCUUCCAUGUGCGAACACUUAGUAUAGAAAUAAAUGAAGAAUAUACUGUAGCAUCAUUAGAAUUGAAAAAUCUUAAGACUGACGAAAUUAGAAACGUUUCACAUUGGCAAUUCACAAGUUGGCCCGAUUAUGGUGUGCCCAGUUCUGCGAUGGCCAUGUUGAAUUUUCUUCAAAAAGUGCGAGAAAAGCAGGUGGCCAUGGUGAAAGCGUUGGGCGACACUUGGGCUGGGCACCCACGAGGACCACCAAUUGUGGUACACUGUAGUGCGGGCAUUGGUCGAACAGGUACUUUUAUAACAUUGGAUAUAUGCAUAUCGCGCUUGGAAGAUGUUGGUACUGCCGACAUUCGUGGGACUGUGGAAAAAAUUCGUUCACAGCGUGCCUACUCUAUACAAAUGCCCGAUCAAUAUGUGUUUUGCCACCUGGCCCUAAUUGAGUACGCAGUGUCGCGAGGAAUGUUGAAAUCAGUAGAUUUAACGGGGUUCGACGAUCGGGACGAGGAUUCAGAGUAAAAUCCAAGUAGAUAGUUGAGCUAUCACAGCAAGGAGAAUAUAUGUUUGAACGCGUUUCUUCAUUGUGAAUGGCAGAGACGCAUUGUAGGAAAUAGUAAUGUAGCUGACGUCAAAGCUGAAAGCGGAUCCGAAACAAAAACCGAGACAGAAAUCGAAACUGUUGCAGAAGGCGAAGCUUUCUAAGGAAUGUAGCGCUAUUAUUUUAAAGUAAAUGUAUUCACUUUAUUAGAUGUUUUGUUGUUUCAUUUCGUUUCAUCUUAGAGAAGUGAAAUCAUUAAUGUACGCAGAUAAAACCUUUAUUUAAAUUUUUACUUUAGUUUCACAGAAACAUGCGAUAAUUAGUGUUUAAAUUUAAUAAUGCAUAAAAUACAAUAUAUAUAUAUGAAUUAAACAAUAGUAAAAUGUGGCAAGGUUAUACGGAAAACAUAAAUAUAAUUGGCUUAGAUGUAUAAAUUAAUUUUAAAUAAUAAAUUUUAAAAAUCCGUAAAAACCUA